AGACGACGCACCGCCAACGGCACCCUUCAGCACCCAUUGAGCCCCCGCACAACACCGCCCACAAUGCCGCAGGAUAUGCCCCCCGUGGGCGGGUACAAUCCCGUCCAGUACAAGCGCAACCUCCCGAUUCGCGGCUUCCGACCAGCCGUGUACCUCAUUGGAAGCGGCGUUCUCAUGACAUACGGAUUCUGGAGGGUUGGACAGGGAAUCAGGGAGCACAACGAACUCGCACGCGAGAAGAUGUGGGCGCGGAUACACCUGAUCCCCGCGCUUCAGGCCGAGGAAGAUCGCGACCAGGUGCGAAGGUACCUCGCCGACAAGGCCAGGGAGAAGGAAUUGCUCGGCACAGAGACGAGGGUCUACCACAGCGACAGGUUCGUGCGCCCAACAUUCGCUAUCACACCCGAGAACGAGACAAAGUAGAAGAUGG